AUGGGAAGAGCACCUUGUUGUGAGAAAGUGGGUUUGAAGAGAGGAAGAUGGACUGCUGAGGAAGAUGAAAUUUUGACUCAAUAUAUUAAAGCUAAUGGAGAAGGUUCUUGGAGAUCAUUACCCAAAAAUGCAGGAUUGCUUAGAUGUGGAAAAAGUUGUAGAUUAAGAUGGAUAAACUAUUUGAGAGAUGAUCUCAAAAGGGGAAAUAUUUCUCAUGAAGAGGAAACUCUCAUUGUCAAGUUGCAUGCUUCUUUUGGCAACAGGUGGUCUUUGAUUGCAAGUCACUUACCAGGAAGAACAGACAAUGAGAUUAAAAACUAUUGGAACUCUCAUUUGAGUAGAAAAGUUUACACUUUCCGAGGAACAACAGCCAAAAAUUACGAUAAUAUUAAAGAGAUUCCCUCACAAAGAAUCUUAGUUAAUACACCUCCCAAAAGAAGAGGGGGUAGAACUAGCAGGAAGGCUAUGAAGAAGAAUAAACACUAUACUCAAAAAGUUUUGGAAAGCCCAAAUGGACCUUCUUCUAAUGGCAAAGACAGCGUGUUGGGACAAGAUCCAAAUCCAAAGGCUAUUAUUAAUGACGAUGAUAUUAUUAUAGACACAUGUAAGGUGGAAAAAGAAAAAGAAAAAGAAAGGGAAAGUAAUGAUGAUAUGGUGGUAAUUAAUGAAAGAGUUGGGGACAAAGGUACAAGUACUAACAUGUUGAGAACUGAGAAUAAUAGUGUGACAAGUUCGAAUGAUUUAAGUUUUGAUGAUAACUUGGAUUGGGAUAGUGUUUUGCCUUUGUUGAAUCACAAAGGACAAUCUUUGUCAUGGGAGCUAAGUGAAAACAUGUUAACUUGGUUGUGGGAGGAUGAUGAAUGGGAUAAGGUUUUUUCACAAGGAUAG